UGACGCUGGUAAGAGUGCCAUGAAACAAUGAUAACCAUGACGAGCAAAUAAACAAGAAAAGUCAGUUGUUGUUUUAUUUUCCAUCUUUCGACAUCAUCGAGCCAAAAUGGCUCUGCGAACAUCCAAAAUUACCAGUGAAGUUAUUCAAACCUGUAACAAGUACAUAUCGUCAAAAUCCGAAGCCAUUGUUAACGCCAGCUCACAAGCCGCAAACAUCAAUUACUACGAGCACAGGACCGGGCCCAGCUACAGAUACAAAAUCAAAACGACGGAAAAGCCGAAACAUUUGCCCGAAAUCAAAUUCGAAGAUCCCGAAGAGAGUCACAUUUUUUCCGAAUUGCAGCCUGCCGCUGGGCCAUUGUUUCGCUUCGAUUAUAGACAAGCGAAAUGGUCAGAUGACAUGGGCACUAACAGUCCGUUUCCAGCCAAAAUAGAAACGAAGGGCGCUGUAAACGUUGUUUACAGUGACAUGCAAAAGGCGGAAGACAAAUUACUAAAAUCGAAAAUCUCUGUCCCCUCCUACAGGCAUUAUUCGUCGUUGAGCAACCCUUUCUAUGGCAGAGCCCCCGCCGAAAACAAUUCCGAAGGCAAGUGUCAUAAUAAAUUAAACAAAUGCGUCAAACUUACCAAACCUAAAAAUUGCAAGUUGUCCAGAAAUUGCCCCAGGUACAAACUCGAUGAUUGCGAACAGUCUCCCGGUUCAAACUGCAAACUGAAUUAUUUGGACCCUAAUUGUACGAAGAAAUAUGCCCCAUAUCCUGCGUACAGCGAGAGCUGCGCAGAAAACUUGCCAGAAGAUCCGUCGGAGUGUCAGCAAUGUCCUUGGCGUACGUGCGACGGCGCAGACACAAUUGAACCAGGCAAACCUGUUAGGGGAAGAAGAAAUUACAGCACAUCUACCACCCUACAAAGAAGUAUGGUGAACGGAGUGGUGACUCCUGGCCCCCACACACCCCCCAUCAACGCCGUAAGGGAAUACCUUUGUGGCAAAGGCAAGAAGUGCGGCAUCGUUAAGAGUCCCUGCACGGAACCGCCGGGUCCUUGCGAAGUGCGCAGGCAGAAAGAAGAGAGCGAAGGACGAAAAAACAAGAAACAAACGGGCAAGAAGAAGAGGUGCGUAAACAUGGUGCUGAGGGAUGGGGACUUGGGAGUUGGCGACGAAAUAAUCAAUCCCUACACUAUGGAGAGAGUCAAGCUGGAAAUGAAUGGAUCAUGGAUGGACCUUCCUUCUAAUAACGACAUCGAACAAUUGUUGAUGUGCGAGAAAAAACAAAAACCUCCGAAUUGUCGAAAAGGCAAGAAGCCAAAAAGACCAAAGGAAAAUGCAUACGAUCCCGUGGAAUUAAAACAGGCUACUGUCUUGGCUGACAAAAAGAGGAGGUAUGACGAAGGCCAACCACCACCAUGCGAACACGGCAAUACUGGUUCCAGUAAGAGAUGUCCCAAGGAGAAACUGAAGAAGCCAAAAUACAAGAAAAGACCAAUGACGGCUGGUUUUUAUAGGCGACCACCAGAUCCAUACACUAAAGACGAUAAAGACUAACUAACUUUGGUUACAACAAUAGAAAAUACAUUCAUGUGCGUCUGUAAAAAUAAAUAUAAUAAGUAAUUCUGUA